AUGGAUGAAGGUCCCAUGAUCCCACCAAUUAAUCCCAGUGCUGAAGAUGAAGACAUGGAAGACAGAAUUGAGGCCCUUAUCCAAAAGACUGAUACUGCAUAUGCAUCAGAACAGUCCCCACAAGCCAAGGACUACUUCAAGAAGUGCUGUGAAGAUGCACUUGAUCAAGAACUCAAACUUCUUCCAUACUCUCAAAUACUAGUACUCAAGAAAGAUGUUUAUCAUACUGCAGAUGACUCAGAUGAUGUACCCAAUGUUGACAAAAACCAGCAGAAGUAUGCAGGCAUCAUGAACCUUGAAAAGUACUAUAAUAAGACCAAUAAUUCCCCUGCACACCUUGUUUCUAUGUCUAAUGGGUACUUUAUCUUAGCUCUCAAUCCCUGCAUCAAGGAUGAAUAUUUCAAUGUCACAUGGACCAAAGAUGGCCAACAACAAGCCCUUACUGUCAUGGAAAAAGUGUUUGACAAGUACUGCCAAAGAUACUCCAAGGAAACUACUACUAGUAUGAAUUUACCAACACCAGAACUUGGUAUCUCCAAGUCCAGCAAUGGUUUUGGUAGUUUGAUGAGCAGGGUGACUGAAGGUCAGCGAGCCCACAAAAAACUUGUCACUAAGGAUGUCUACACAAAGCUCAAACUGUGUAUUGAGGAGCCACUCACCAUCAAUGACCAAUGGAUAUCUCUAGAGCACCAGGCAGAGCAUAUCUUCGAGUGGUGGAAGGCCAAUGUCAUGUGA